CACUGCACUGCAUCCAACCUUCCCACACACACCAAAUCAUUUUCCUUACAUUCUUCCCACAAAUUUCAACAACAACAAAAUAAUCUCAUACAACACACCAAAACCACUACCACCAUACACACACACUGCUUCAAUCCCUAACAACAUUCUUCACACACACUCUAUCAUCAUCAUCAUGAUCUGAAAAAGGAAAAAAAAAACCUAUCGUGUUAUGGGGGCCUCUUUGUCGAACCUUGGAUCCAACGGUUCGACCAUCGGUCCUAGUCUCGGCGAUAUACCUGAAAAUUGUGUUGCUCGUGUUUUUCUUCAUCUUACUCCUCCUGAGAUUUGUAACUUAGCUCGUCUUAAUCGCGCUUUUCGCGGCGCUGCUUCCGCUGAUUCCGUUUGGGAAUCUAAGUUACCUUCUAACUACCAACGUCUUCUCCGUUUAAUGCCUCAACGCUUUCAGAAUCUUUCUAAGAAAGAUAUUUACGCUCUUCUUUCAAAACCGUUACCGUUUGAUGACGGUAAUAAGCAAUUGUGGCUUGAUAGGGUUACUGGUAGGGUUUGUUUGUCGAUUUCGGCCAAAGGUUUGUUGAUUACUGGAAUUGAUGAUCGGAGAUACUGGACUUGGGUUCCAACUGAAGAAUCUAGGUUCAAUGUUGUAGCAUAUUUGCAGCAAAUAUGGUGGUUUGAAGUGGAUGGGGAGGUCGACUUUCCAUUUCCUGCUGAUAGUUAUACACUCUCCUUUAGGCUUCACCUUGGACGAUUUUCCAAAAGGCUUGGCCGGCGUGUAUGCAAUUAUGAACAGACCCAUGGUUGGGAUAUAAAGCCUGUAAUAUUUCAGUUGUCAACUUCGGAUGGUCAGCAAGCAUCGUCUGAGUGCUGCUUGGAUGAAACUGAGCACGAUGAUACAUAUGGAAAUCAUAAACGAGGAUAUUGGGUUGAUUACAAGGUAGGCGAGUUUAUUGUGAGUGGAUCUGAACCUACAACUAAAGUUAGAUUCUCCAUGAAACAGAUUGAUUGUACACACUCAAAAGGGGGGCUUUGUGUAGAUUCUGUAUUUAUCAUACCUAGCGAUUUGAGAGACCGCAAGGGAGGCGGCUUUUUGAAAUGAUCACACAUAGAAUAGGAAGUUUUUUUUUUCUCCUUACCUUGGUGACGGCAAAUAUCCCAAAAUACUUUGUUGGGAUCUAUUACACAGCUACACUUGUGAAGAUAAUUUAGGAUGUAGAGGAUAUCAUCUUUUGCUGGGUUUUUUAUGUUUCUUUUUCUCAGUUGUUAUGGCACAUGUGUAGUCACUAGUUUUAUGUAAUCGGAAUUUAUGUGUAUUUAAGUAAUUCUGUUCUAAAGAUUUGUCAUGAGAUUGAUAAAGAAUGAAGAGAAAAGCUUGGCCAAUA